ACUGUGCUUUAGAGGCGGGCAGGACGUUGGUAGUCAGGCAUGCAGAGAGGAAGACAGCUAAACUGUGCCAACAGACAUAAAGUUGUAACAGUGUUUGAAGAAAUGAAUUAGUUACAGGUUGAGUCGUUAGAAGAAGGCAGCGGACAUGGCUGCUGCUGGUGUCUUACUCUUCGUUGCAGUGAGCCUUGCCUGUUUAUCUGUCAGUGGAAACCUGGUCUCUGGAGAAAGAUCUUUCUCUAUAGACUACAAACACAACUGUUUCCUGAAAGAUGGGAAGCCUUUUCAGUACAUCUCUGGCAGCAUCCACUACUCCAGAAUCCCACGCUACUACUGGAGGGACCGGCUUGUAAAGAUGUACAUGACUGGUCUCAAUGCUAUCCAAGUAUAUGUGCCCUGGAACUUCCAUGAAGCAGUACAGGGGGUCCACAACUUCACAGGGGACAGAGAUUUGGAGCAUUUUUUGGAUCUGGCCAAUCAGACGGGUCUCCUGGUCAUCCUGCGUCCGGGACCGUACAUCUGUGCAGAAUGGGAAAUGGGUGGAUUGCCAGCGUGGCUACUUCAGAAACCAAACAUCAUACUUCGCUCUGCAGACACAGAUUAUGCGCAGGCAGUCAGCAACUGGCUUGCUGUUCUCCUCCCCAAAAUGAAGCCGUGGCUCUAUAUCAACGGGGGUAACAUCAUUAGUGUCCAGGUGGAGAAUGAAUAUGGAAGCUACUACGCUUGUGACUACAACUACAUGCGUCACCUGCGGACUCUGUUCCGCUUCUUUCUUGGUGAGGACACUGUCCUCUUCACCACUGAUGGAAACACAGACAAGGAGAUGACAUGUGGGACUCUGGAGGGAUUAUAUGCAACAGUAGACUUUGGCACAGACACCAACGUAACAGAAGCCUUCAGCCGGCAAAGACGGUUUGAACCUCGGGGCCCCCUGGUGAACUCGGAGUUCUACACUGGCUGGUUGGACCACUGGGGAGAUCAGCAUGCUGUGGUUGAUGCUCAGAAGGUCAGCAGGGUGCUAGGAGAAAUGCUAACCAUGGGGGCCAACGUCAACAUGUACAUGUUUGAGGGAGGUACCAACUUCGGCUACUGGAAUGGUGCUGAUCAUGACACUAGGUUCCGCUCAGUGGUGACUAGUUAUGAUUACGACGCCCCACUGUCUGAGGCAGGCGACCCCACUGAGAAGCUGUUGGCCAUCAGAGAUGUCAUUAAGCAGUUUAGAGAUAUUCCGUCUGGACCCAUGCCACCAGCAACUCCCAAAUUUGCCUAUGGCUUUGUUACACUGAGAAAGGUUGGUAACGUCAGCAGUCUGUUAAACACCCUUUCGCCUCUGGGGCCAGUCAAAUCUCAGCAUCCUCUGACAUUUGAAGAGAUGAAACAGUACUAUGGAUACAUGCUGUAUCGGACCACACUGCCCCGGGACCUCUCAGAGCCCACGCCACUUAUCUCUCCACUGAAUGGGGUUCAUGACCGUGCAUAUGUGUCCGUCAAUGGGGUUUUUCGGGGCCUGUUAGAGAGAGACACAGCUCUGGUGAUGAACAUCACUGGACAGCAGGGGGACACUGUGGACAUCCUUGUUGAGAACAUGGGCAGAGUUAACUUUGGCAGCAAGAUCAAUGACUACAAAGGCCUCUUGAGCAACCUGAUCCUGGGUAAAGAUGUACUGACCGAUUGGAAGAUCUACCCUCUGGACAUUGACGGAGCCAUCGCUGCCAGAUGGCCUCAUUCAGACAGUCGAAAGUAUUUCCCCACCCCUCAGAAAGAACCUUUACCUGGACCAGCCAUCUACAUGGGGACAUUACAGCCCAAUGGCUUGGCAUGGGACACCUUUCUCAAGCUUUAUGAAUGGACGAAGGGUCAGGUCUGGAUUAAUGGUGUGAACCUGGGCCGAUACUGGCCGGCCAGGGGCCCUCAACAGACCCUUUAUAUCCCAGGACCCUUGCUCAGCACCUCCCUACCCAACAACAUCACAGUGCUGGAGCUGGAGGGGGCACCGGCACACUUACGAGUUCUGUUUAUGGACCGGCCUCAGCUCAGUGUCCCUGUGCAAUAGUCCUGACAGAGUGCACCGAGUUUUACUUUUUUUUUUUUUCCCCGACAUCCAGCUGGAGAAAUAUUAUAUCCCAAAAGCUGUUUAAAUCACCCUGUAUCAUCAUUAGAAGGUGUGACUGAGUCAGAGUAGAAUUACUCCUCUGGACAAUUCACCUGACAUGGGGAAACUGCGCAGAAGAACAAUACUUUGCUCUGCAUUAUUUCUGUGGCAUCAUUAUUUUUUUACCACUUAAGACUUCAGUGUUUAAUAUGUAGCCAAUUCUUUACCAGUCACAUUCCAGUGUAAACCGCUUUAAACUUUGACACAGCAGCUUCACAGUGAAACAGUGAUCCAAUGAUGAUUUUGUCCUUGAGGUUUAAUAUUCACUGAGGCCUGUGGAAAAAAUAAUAGUGAUCCAUAAACAGUAUUACUCUUUUUUUUUUGCAUUUGCUUUUUAACUUUUUCUGUAAUUGCGGAUACUGUGAAUAAAUUAUAACUUUAUUUCA